AUGGUCGCUCGUCGUGCAACCAUUGUUGAACUAAAGCUCUCUAACACUCCAUAUUGCAGUCCGCCCAUCUCUGCCCGAAUCCGAUACCUCAUCGAUGAUCUCUACAUCUUCUUCGGCUUAUACAUCGUCAGCUUUUUCUCGUUGAAUGCCUCUUCGGCUGCCAGUAAUUCCAAGUUCAACGUCCAGAAUAUAGAGAAUACUCAAAUCCGCCGACCGCGUUGGGGUAGUUCGCGAGGCGGAGGAGGAGCAGGCGGAGGCGGAGGCGGAGGAGGGCCGGGUGGCCCUGGGAGGAAAUUUGGUGGUGGUGGAAGUGGAGGGCCCACGAGGCGCAUUGGGCGAGUUGAUGAUAUUCGUGGCCCGGAGUGUGGGAGCGGGGGCUGCAGCAGAUAG